AUGGUAUCUGCGGAGACAAGAUAUUCACCCCUGAAGAAGCUAGCGCUCAGCUUCGACGUUUCAGCUCAGAGGUUACGUCCGUACUUCCAAGCCCACUCGGUCGUUAUGUUAACCGACUCCCCUCUCAAACAAGUUCUCCAGAGACCCGAAGUUUCAGGUCAGCUAACCAGGUGGGCCAUCGAACUCGGAGAGUUCGACAUUCAGUUUCGUCCGAAAACAGCAAUUAAGGGCCAAGCUAUAGCCGACUUCAUUGUCGAAUUCACCACUCCAAGUGCAAGAGAGGUCAGUGCCGAAGGCGAGACUAUCGCACCCGAGCCUUCGUCCAACCUAGGAACUGUAUGGGAAACCAGAUGGAUCCUCUAUGUAGACGGAUCAUCCAAUGCUAAGCGAGCCAGAGCUGGGAUCGUCCUGAUCGCACCUAAUUCCACGUCCAUUCAAUACGCAAUCAGACUCGGCUUUAAAGCCUCAAACAAUGAGGCGGAGUACGAGGCUUUACUGGCUGGACUCAAAUUGGCAGCAAGUCUGGGUAUCCAGACUCUAGCAGAAAAUUCGUGGGCCGACGCCUUGGCGAAAUUGGCCUCAGCCUCAAAAGGGAGGAUCCCGCAGAUUGUUCUUGUCGAAAUCAUAGAACAUCCAAGCAUUGACCAGGCAGAGAAGAAAACGGUUAAUCCAGGGCAAGCUACUCUGAGCUGGAUGGACCCGAUUUUCAACUACCUCACAUCUGGCGAGAUCCCCUCGGAUAAACUAGAAGUCAGGUGCCUGAGAGUCCGACCUGCGCGGUACGUCGUCCUCGACGGUAUUCUAUACAAGAAAGGGCAUUCUCAACCCUACCUCAGAUGCCUCCGACCCGACGAAGCGGACUAUGUUAUUCGAAAAAUUCACGAAGAAAUCUGUGGAAAUCGUUCUGGCAGCCGAGCCCUGGCCCUGAAGAUACUUCAACAAGGAUACUUUUGGCUGACCCUCAAGCAGGAUUCGAAAGACUACGUCCAAAAAUAUGAUAAAUGCCAAUGCCACUCAGCCAUGCCAAGGAAGCCUGCAGAGGAAAUGACUCCCAUGAGCGGUCCAUGGCCGUUCGGUCAGUGGAGGAUCGAUAUCAUCGGCCCCUUGCCCAUAGGGAAGGGGCAGGUCAAGUUCGCCAUCGUCGUAGUCGACUACUUCACCAAAUGGGCUGAGGGCGAGCCGGUUGCAAAGAUCACUAAAUGGAAAGUGGAGGCAAUAAAUAAAGUUAUCAAACACCAUCUUAAAACAAAGUUGAAGAAAUCGAAAGGCAGAUGGGCCGAGGAGCUCUCAUUCAUCCUUUGGGCCUACAGGACCACAGUUCAGUCCUCAACUGGGGAAACCCCAUUCUUGCUUUCCUACGGCUCGGAAGCAAUGGCACCAGUUGAAAUUGGCCUUCCUACUGUUCGGGUGAAGAAUUACCAAGAGAACCAAAACUCUGAGCAGAUCACAGCUAACCUGGAUCUACUUGAAGAAGUCAGAGACAUCUCAGGGCUCUGA